ACCACCACCUCACCUCGCUUCACCUCACCUCGCUCUCGCCUGCUGGGCCUCCAACGUUGAGACGAAAAUCAUGGCAUCGUCCGCACUAUGGCCCCAGAUACCGGGGAAUCUCGGAGCCUCCCACCUGAUUCACUGGCUACCCCCGCUGGGGGAGCUUAUGCUAUUUUUUCUGUACUCUGACGCGACCAGCCCUACAAUCUCUCCACGGUUAUCCAGCGUGUCGCGUUUUUUCCCGUAUCGCUAACCUACGGCCAGAAAACAAACAAGAUAGCAACACGCAACAGAAGCGCACUGGCAGUGCCUGCCUACACGACUUAUCCUCGCGGGGAAAGAACUGGAAACUGCAUGAACUUCCUUGGAGUUACCUUCCCAAGUCAGUCGCCCACUCUUUUUCAUUCCUCUCUCCUGCCAAAAAAAAAAAAGGGAAAAAAGUCAGACAGCGGGAGAAGGCGCUCCAGCAUCGCGCCUUCCCCCGGUGACAAGAUGUCUCAGGAUAUUUGCCCAAUCUGUCCGAAAUCACAGGCUCAUAUCACGUCACCGCAACAGUGCACCGCGAAGCAUCCCUUUGACGGUAUCCUGACCAAAGGUAGCGGAGAAGAACAAAUAGAACACCAAUACCGACGCAUCGAUUCAAGCAUCCCAGACAACAGAGCAAACAUGGCAUCGCUGCCCGGCCGAGCCGGCGGCGGCGGGGGCUCCGACCGCGACAACGCCGACAAGAACUGUAAAAAGAAGCUGCCGCCAGCCCGAGAUGACGAGGGAGAGCGGGAGACUUCGCCCAAGCGCUCGCGGCCCAUCAACCUCCCUUUCACGCCGCCGCCCCGAGCGCCGUAUACGGGCGGUAUUCCGGUCUUCAACCCGCCACGGCGGCCGCGGGAGCCCGCGAGACGCGCCGACUUUGCAGACGCGGAUAACGACGAGCAGCUGAGCGAGUAUUUCGUGGCGAACCGGCAUAGGACGCGGCCCAUCGACAUACCGUCGGGGGGGCGGCGCAGAGAGGAGGAAGGGUCCGACGGCGAAGGCAAGGACUGGCCACCGCUGGCCCACAGCCCGGGUACGGGGAUGAUGGAAAUUCUGGCCAUGAGCCCGGCGUCACGACUCUUGGCCCAAGGCUUAGCACGACAGAGCCCAGCGCUGCGGACGCGGCGGCGCGUCGUUUCGGACGCCGUGGGCUUUCCUGCUCCGAUUGCUGGUGAUGUCUUUUAUUCGCCCGCCGGCGUGCGUGAGUGGAAACCCUAAUCGCCGUCCCCUUUUAUUCUUUCGGCGUUUUCGAU